AUGGUAGAUGCAGAUGGAGAAUCUACCCAAAGCGACCCAAACCGAACUGAAAAAACAAACCGAUCUCAACGCAUCGACUAUAUUUUGUUAUUGAUAUCAUACUAUCNGCACUCUGGUCCGCCGCCGCCCGUCGUGUCGGCCGGCCACUACAACGGCAGCGGGUCCGGGUCGCCGCAACUCGGCCACCACGGCGCGUACCACGUGAUGAACGGCAUGCUGGGCCACACGCACCCGGCCGUCCAGAUGCACGGCCACAGCCCGUCGUACCCGCAACAGCACGACCCGCAGUCGCCCGGCGGCGAGGAGGACGCGCCCACGUCCGACGACCUCGAGGCGUUCGCCAAGCAGUUCAAGCAGCGCCGGAUCAAGUUGGGCUUCACGCAGGCCGACGUGGGCCUGGCGCUGGGCACGCUCUACGGCAACGUGUUCUCGCAGACCACCAUWUGCCGGUUCGAGGCGCUGCAGCUGUCGUUCAAGAACAUGUGCAAGCUCAAGCCGCUGCUGCAGAAGUGGCUGGAGGAGGCGGACUCGACGACGGGCUCGCCGACCAGCAUCGACAAGAUCGCGGCGCAGGGCCGCAAGCGCAAGAAACGCACUAGCAUCGAGGUGUCGGUCAAGGGGGCGCUGGAGCAGCACUUCCACAAGCAGCCCAAGCCGUCCGCGCAGGAGAUCACGACGCUGGCCGACUCGCUGCAGCUGGAGAAGGAGGUGGUGCGCGUGUGGUUCUGCAACCGGCGGCAGAAGGAGAAGCGCAUGACGCCGCCGAACACCAUGGGCGGCCCGCAAGACGGCAACGGCAUGAUGGACGGCGGCCUGGGCGGCGGCGGCGGCGGCGGCCCGAUGGGCCACGGGGGCCUGCACCAGGCGUACCACCAUCAGGACCACGUGAUGCACGGCUCGCCGAUGGGACCGCACUCGCACUCGCACAGCCCGCCGAUGCUCUCGCCGAUCGGCAACCAUCAGUCGCUUGCGGCCCAUUAACGUUUCGCCCAGUGGGACGUUGAGUACUCACGGCACCUGGCCAAGAUGCAGCAACAUCAGCAGCAACACCAGGAAUGCACGUAGUAGAGUACUGUUGUUUACUGUUUCGAACAACGUCUCGCUGAGGGCGAUUUAAAAUAAAAAAUAAAUUACAAUAUAUAUAUGGGCGCGUGCGUCGCGUCGCAGCAGCAACAGCGCAAAACAGACCGUCAGCGACACUKCGAGCCGCGCAAGGGCUGCAGCACACGCACGUCGAGCGUGUUCGUGUGCGCGGUUUUUCCGGUAUGUGUCAUAUUUUGGAAAUUCUCGUCCGACGGCCAUCUGCGUGCGCGAUUGCACAUUGAAA